AUGUUUGUCGUCUGGUUAUCAAGUCAAAUUUGGAGGCACAAAGGACCCGAACUGGAAGAUUUAUGUCGUAAAUGGGAAAGUGCCCAGGAUAUGUUGGAGAUGAUGAAGCCUCUCUGCGCAUAUCAUGAAGCAAUGCCUGCGAGACUUCGUCGCGUAAUUACCUACAAUGGAGGCAUAAUCUUGGACACCAUGCUGAGUGUCAUGAUGUUCUACACCAAGGACAAGAUGAAAAACCGAAAAGUCUUUGAAGCUGAACCCUACCUGAGGGCUGUGCUGCCACCAGAAGCAGGAGGUCAAGGCACACCUCUAGAGGAUCUCACUCAUUCCCUCACGAUUAAUGAUCCCCCACAUUUUACACUUUGUUUAUCUGCCUGA